AUGGCGUGCAUCAACCCGACAAAUCGUGGAGGCGCUGCCUUUGGCAGGUGUUACGCCAUUCUCAACCUCGACCUGAUGUCUAUUCUUAUAGACAACGUCAAGGGCACGCCUGAGGGAGAAUCUUUCAUAUCAAAUUGUGUUAAAUGGAACGAGGCUGUUCAUCAGAGAGACCCUCGGCCGCUUACGAUUUUCACCACGCUUUACUUCGCCAACGCUGCCCAACCGGAACUCAAUCCAUACUCUCCAUUCGCCAAGAUCCUGAAGGGAGUCGACACAUUUGAGAAGGGCUCUGCAGCGGUCCAGAUUGACGAAAGAUUUCGGUUGGACGAGAAAGAUAUUGUGCUCCAGAAAACGAGAUGGUACGCUGGCUCAGGGAAUUCUUUGGAGCAGAUACUGAGGGCUCAAAAUAUCGACACUGUGAUCAUAUCCGGAGUGACACUAUCAGGCGUCGUCAUGAGCACCAUCUAUCGUUUGUUCGACCUAGACUACAACAUUUACGUCAUCUCAGACAACGUUGUGGACUUUGCGGGCAUUGGAAUGGCAGAGCUAUCAGACUCAUUGAAGGGAACUCUCAUGGGAAACAUGAGAGUGAAGGUCAUAAACAUCGAGGAGGCUUUGCAAAUGCUAGAAAGGUCUUGA